GCCGUGGAGGGCAACAUGAACAACUUCAUGGUGCAGAUAAAGAACUUGGCGCAGUCACUGUACCCGUGCUCUGCGCAGAAACUGGACCAAGACAUGAAGUUGCACUUUUUGAAGAAUGUGUCUGUGACUUGCAAUGACGGGUCACCUGCAGGGUACUACAUUAAGGAGUCCAAAGGCAGCAAGAGGUGGCUGCUGUUCUUGGAAGGUGGAUGGUACUGUUUCAACAGGCAGACCUGUGACAGCAGGUAUGAGACAAUGAGGAGACUGAUGAGCUCCGCCAAGUGGCCACAAACCAGAACAGGAACAGGAAUCCUGUCUCCUCAGCCGGAGGAAAACCCGCACUGGUGGAACGCCAACAUGGUGUUCAUCCCAUACUGCUCCAGUGAUGUGUGGAGCGGCGCCAGCCCAAAGACAGAUCACAGUGACUAUGCAUUCAUGGGAUCUCUGAUCAUAAAGGAGGUGGUGAAUGAGCUGCUGACAAAAGGUCUGGACAACGCCAAGGUUCUUCUUCUUGCAGGAAGCAGCGCGGGCGGUACAGGUGCCCUGCUGAACGUGGACCAAGUUGCUGAGCAGCUGGCGUCACAGGGCUACACAGGGGUGCAGGUCAGGGGCCUGGCAGACUCCGGAUGGUUCCUGGACAACAAACAAUACAAAUUCACAGAUUGCCUUGAUACCAUCAGCUGUGCCCCAACUGAGGCCAUAAAGAGAGGCAUCAGGUACUGGGCCGGACAGGUGCCAGAAAGCUGCAGACAGGCCCAUGUUGGAGAAGAGUGGAACUGUUUCUUUGGGUAUAAAGUCUACCCCACGUUAAAAAGCCCGGUGUUUGUGGUGCAGUGGCUGUUUGAUGAGGCCCAGCUCACAGUCGACAACAUCCACCUGACGGGACAGCCGGUCCACGAGGGCCAGUGGAGGUACAUACAGAACCUGGGGCAGGAGCUGAGGGGCACUCUCCGUGAUGUACCGGCGCUGUUUGCUCCGGCCUGCUUGUCUCAUGAGCUCAUUACCAGAACUUACUGGAUGGACAUUCAGGUGAAAGGCACCUCCCUGCCCAGAGCCCUCCACUGCUGGGACCGCAGCCUCCAAGACAACCUCCACAUCAACAGCAGCCACGGCAACCACAGCCACCAAAAGCACAAGACCCCACCCAUGAGGGGUUGUCCUCUACAUUUGAUUGACAGCUGCCCGUGGCCUCACUGUAACCCCUCUUGCCCAACAAUUCGUGAUCAGCUGACGGGACAGGAGAUGAGCGUGAUCCAGUUCCUGAAGCACAUGGGCUUUGACGUGCAGAAGAUGGCUCAGCAGCAGGGGAUGGACCCCAGGAAGCUACUGGGCAUGCUCAAUAACGGGAGCUGAGUCACAUUUUAGUGUAGCGUCGGUAAGCCGUUCUGCAGAGACGAGAAAAGUGCU